AUGGGGCAGGCGCACUCCCACUUCGAAAGGCCAAUUGGGUUCUGGCGUCGCGUCAAGUCCAAGGCCGCAAGGAGCGAGCCUUCCCAGGAGAGCUUCGUUCAAAUAUCCCCGCCACCUCCUAAAGCCGAUUCAUCUGCGCAAAUGGACCAGUCUUCGGCUCACGCUGACCAGUCAUCCACCACAGCCGACACGACUCCAACCUCUGCAGCUCCUGAUCCCGACAUGCACGGCGACGACACGGCAGAGGCCAACGACAAGGUCGGUGAAGCUGAUAAAGUUGACAAAGUUGAGGAACGGACCAACAGCCCACAUGAUCAACCCAUGGCCGACGCUUCAGACAAGCCCGACCAGCCCAACGAGGCCGAACAGUCAACCCAAGCUGCUGAAGAGCCCACCUUCGACCGACCUGCACUCAAGCGCGAGUACACUCCUCCUCAUCGCAUUCGAAUCUCGACCCACGAAGCUUGGAAGCUCGAGCACGCCUAUAGCAAUGUCCACGAUCACGUAACGAAGGCGCUGAACAGGAUCAGGCAACAGCAGUUGGAAUUCGAGCGAAAGUCUGCGUCCGCCAGAAGAUUGGACUUGGACAUAUACAAGGCUGCCGACAGCUGCACACUGUCCCUCGAAUACCUCGUCGGGAACUUCAGCACCAAGUUCUUCCACCACACCGGCCCCGAGAACAUCAUGGGCAUGAUGGCCACCAUCGAGGCCGACGCCGCCGCCCUCGACGAGCUGCGCCUGAAGCAGCUCCAGCUGUACAGUUAUGGCUACAACCUCGAGAAGAAGAUCGCCCAGACGGAGAAAGACAUUCGGGAGCUGGCUGAGCUGGCGAAGCGGAUCAAAGAAGGGGAUGUUCAGGGGGCAGUGGACGGGGAGGCGGAUGCGGAUGGAGACACGGACCCCGAAAUUGAGGUCCCCAAACUCGACUUCGACUUAAAAAAAGACUAA